UCACCCCAUAAACGUAACAUGGAAAGUUAUUUCCUCCUCCUCUUCUUGCUCGCUCUCUACCUUCUCCAACACCCCAUUUCUGCAUCAAAUCUGCACAAAAUCAAGCAAUUAACCUCAGAUUUUCCCUCUGAACCCACAUCCUCCAAUGAUCCUCCUCCACCCACUGAGUUCUUUGAAGUAACCACACCCAUUGAAGUCCCCCAAACAAAACCUUGCUCACACCACAUUCUCCACCAUGACUUUGGCUUCACAUAUGGGAAACCCCCAGUUGUUGCCAACUACACCCCUCCUUCUCAUUGCCCUUUUAAGAGUUUCUCCAAAAUCGUUUUUGAGUGGAAGGCCACAUGCAAAGGAAGACAAUUUGAUCGCAUUUUUGGUGUUUGGCUUGGUGGGGUUGAGCUUCUCAGAAGCUGCACUGCAGAGCCAAGAGCCACUGGUAUUGUUUGGAGUGUUCAAAAGGACAUCACAAGGUACCAUUCUCUGUUGUUAGGUGACCAAACCCUUGCUGUUUAUUUGGGAAAUCUUGUGGACAAAACUUAUACUGGGGUUUACCAUGUUGAUGUCACCUUUUAUUUUUACCCUUCUGCGAAUGAUGGGUCAAAGUUUGGAACUUCAGCAUUUGGAGAUGGUUUCCCUGCGGAUUUGGUCCUACCCAUUUCUAGAAAUCUUCCAUUGAAUGAUGGGUUGUGGUUUGUUGUUGACAAUUCCACUUAUGAGGGUUUGAAGGAAUUUGAGGUUCCUCAGAAUGCUUAUAGGGCUGUGUUGGAGGUGUAUGUUUCGUUUCAUGAGAGGGAUGAAUUUUGGUAUACUAAUCCCCCAGAUGAGUAUCUUGUUGCAAACAACCUUAGUGAUGUUCCUGGGGGUGGUUCAUUUAGGGAGGUUGUGAUUACUCUUGAUGGGAAGGUUGUUGGUUCUGUUUGGCCUUUUACUGUGAUUUAUACAGGAGGGGUUAAUCCUCUCUUGUGGAGACCUAUUACUGGGAUUGGUUCAUUUGAUCUUCCAUCCUAUGACAUUGAGGUGACACCUUUUUUGGGGACCCUGUUGGAUGGAAAGAGUCAUUCACUGGGGUUCAGUGUGACGAAUGCGUUGAAUGUUUGGUUUAUAGAUGCAAAUUUGCAUCUUUGGUUGGAUGGAAAGAGCAGUAGGACAGAAGGAGAACUUGUGAGUCUUGUUGACAAGCCUUUGGUUGAGUCUCUAGUGUCUGAUUUUGAAGGUUUGAAUGGAAAGUUCUGGACUGGUGCAAAGAGGUCCAUUUUGUCUACUGGAUGGGUUAGAUCUUCCUAUGGGAAUAUUACAACCAGUUUUGUUCAAGAUUUCGCUUACAACAAUUCGAUGGUAAUGGGUAAGAAUGGGAUUGAGCAAAUUGUUAAUCAAGUAAUUCUUUUCAAUGACAGUGUUCAUGCCAAACUUCCAUCACCCUUUGUUGAUUUUGUUCAUGACACGUAUAGAAAUUUUUCCUUAUACUUGGACUCGGAUGAAGUGGAUCAGGAUGAUGAUACUUAUUUAUCUGUUUCGAAUGUUACAUUGGGAUUUGAAGAGAACAAGUCUAAGAGUUCAGCUUUUGGAUUUUCAAAGAGCUCUCUCAAGAAUCUUCAGGACGGCCAGGGUACUAUGGUUGUCAAAAGUAAUUUGGUUGUUAAGGGAGUGGGGGAAACAUAUCAAGAUUACAGAUAUACAAGCGAUGGAUAUUGCUAUUUUAGGAAAGUUGGCAGCUCAAAUUACACAAUUCUCUAUGACAAAGUCAGAAAUUCGUGCAACAAAAAAAGUUACUCUCAUUUGGAUCUUGGUUCUAUAAAAAGGUUGACCAUUAUCUAGGGUCCUUUCUUAUACUCACCCUUGCUUGGUCCUACAAAUCCAACCGCUCCAUAGAGCUAUUGCAGAACCAAAUGAAAAGGAAAUUAAAAUCUAUUGCUCAUGGUAGGUAAUGUGUAACAUUUUAGAAGCUACGCAAAGAAGGUGUCAUGUCAAAUUUAAAAGAUUCUAAAACUUUCGAGUGCAAAAUAAUGUUUCAGUACUUCAUGAGAAGUAUG